GCAGGUGGAGGCAGGUAGAGAGAAAGAGCGAGCAGGUAUAUAAAGGCCCACAGCUCCGUCGACCAGCACAGUCGAUCCAAGACAGCCAAAGCAACAUGUUCUCGAAGUUGGUCCUGUGUGCCUUACUGGCAGUAGUGGCUGCCAAGCCCCAGGGAGGAUACGGGGCACCUCAGCCAUCCUACACCUCAGGUCCUGUAGUCCCCAUCCUGAAGGACGAGCGUCAGGGACCUGAUGAGUUCGGCAACUACAACUUCGAGUUCGAGACUGGUGACGGCAUCAGUCGCCAUGAGCAGGGCGCCCCCCAGGGGGAGACUGGCGCCGUGGCGUCUCAGGGAGGAUGGUCAUUCACCUUCCCUGACGGCACCCCAGGAGUCUUCAACUUCGUGGCCGACGCUGCAGGUGGUUACCAGGUACAGUCUGACCUGCUGCCCACGCCCCAUCCUCUCCCCGCCCACGCCAUCGCCCAGAUCGAAUUCGCCCGUCUUAACCCAAGCCCUUCCUCCGGCCCCGGACCCCAGUACGGUGGUCCUCCCCCACGGUACAACUAAACACCUGAGGACCCCCAGUGCCUCUAUACCCACUAUCCUGUCCCUUCAACACUGAGUCGCCCAAGUUAAUAAGUCCCUUCCAGUCUCCGUUACCUGGUGGUCACGACUCCCUCAGUAGUGACCAUCAGCAGUGAGGGAGACCAAGGGAUGGAUUCUUAUUUUCUCAACAAGACUUCCAGAAAAACCUUGAGGCAACUUCGCCGAAUAUUCUGGUCACCUUCUGGUCCACACUGUGUCAACCUUCCACUGUAGGGAUGUACAGCUGUAGUCUUCUUGUAGGUCUUGAUUAUAUUCCCCACUUGGAGAGUACUACAGAGGCCAGGUUGACCUCUCCCUCCUCCCUAUGACUGUAGUUGGGCUGCCUGAAUACUUUCUCACCUCCUGUUGACCUUCUCACUCUCAUCACUCUAGUGUUAUACGAUGGAUCUUGUCUACGUAUUUAUUAAUAUUUGUUGAUUUUGUAGAUAUGUGAUUAAACGAUGAACCGCAAA